GCAUAAAGUGGAAUUAGUCGCGAUGGUUCGCUUCAUGGAGUUGAAAUUCAAAGGACAGGCUGUGAAGGUUGUCGACGUGUCGCCAAUUCAGGCCAGUGAACAGCCGAAAGAACACUUUCAAGUCGUUUUAAUUCCUGUCUUCUAUGCAUCGAAGAUCUUUGGAAUAUUUCCCUUUGACUUCUGUGCCUUCUUUCGCCGCAAGGACUUGAAGAUUUCCACUAUUUCGUCCCUUUUCAGCCUCUGCAUGACUUUCGUGGCCGGAGUUCUGUUCCAUGUUCACUCUUGGCCAUCAACACUCAAUGUGAAGGAAACUUAUCCAUCUCUCACGUUCACAAUCUACAUGGUAAGGUUGAAAAUCUUCCAGAAUCAUCUUUACAUUUCCUAAUGAAAUCAACAUUCCCUCUUAAACCUGAUAAGGUUAUCAUCUAUUCGGAACCACUCACGAUGAUCGUAAUUACUGUGACGAAUAUCUUAAAUCAAAAGCGCGUCAUUGACGUCGUUAAGCGCCUUCGUGCCGUCGAAGAGCGUCUUUGGGCAGAAGGUGGGAAAAUAAGCUACACAAAUCUGUCCCGUAAAACACUUUUCCUCGUCUUCGUGCUGAUCGGAGGCGAAGCCACGAUGAUGAUUUACUACUUCAGCACCACAAUUUACACCGCCGAUGCAACUCGCUUCACGGCGCUCUCGACUUGGUUCUGGCUCUUUCUGCCCAUCACCAUCACGUCCCUGGCCAGAGUGUGGUUCAUCGUGCUGAUGGACAUCACUGAGCUCUUCUUCAGUGCCAUCAAUCAGAUCCUGGACACAACUGCAGACACACUCGAGACGCAGAGCGGCUUCCCGGCGAAGAAGUUCCCAAUGGAGCCAAUAUUUGAUGAAUUCCUGGGACAGAAGCUGAUGCGAUUGUGCCACUUGCACGCCGAAGUGGGCAAAAUCUCUCUCGACAUCAACAGAAUUUUCCACCUGGAGAAUCUCCUGGCCAUGCUCUUCACCAUCCUGCUCACAGUCACGCAGAUGUACUUCAUCUACUUGUCCGCGCUCAGCCAGCAAGUGCCGCCGCUCUUCCGCGCUGCCGACAGCUUCAUCAUCUCCGUGUACUACACCCUCUUUGGCCUCUGGAAGGUGUUCUACGUGAUCUUCGUGGCGUCUGAGGUGAAGCGCCGGGCGCAGCUCACGGGAUCAUCCCUGCACCAAAUCGCCAUCGCCGUGGACGAAGUUCCCUGCUACAGACUCACGAACCAGCUCUCGCUGCAGAUCUGGCAGCAGCGCCUGGAGUUUCCCGUGGGCGGAUUCUUCCUGCUGGACAUGACCACAAUCGGCUCCUGCAGCGGAGCCAUCCUGGUUUACGUAAUCAUUCUCAUUCAGUUCAAUUUGGCCGGCGGAUCAUAAACUCUCAAAGACAGGUCAAUAUCUCUGGUGUUUCUCACUCGAUUUCGCUCAUCUCUGGGGCAAACGAAAGAUAAUUUAAUAUUCUAAAGCUCUUCAGAACACGAUAUUGCAUCAAAAUAUGUUCCUUAAUUGAUUCAACUGUGGUGAAUAAUACUGCGUUUCCUUCUGUUUCGUGUAAUAAUUUUAUCUUACGUGGCAUUUUAUCUCUAAUCAGAGCGGAAAAUAUUACCAGAAGUCAAUGGAAUAAGUUUUCCUGAAUUUCCACAAUAAAUUUCAAAGGUAUUCUAUAGAAAAGCUGUCCUUUAACAUAAAUUCCCACGCGAAUAGCCAUCCCUAAGCGGGAGUUUAUGAAUAAAAGAUGUCAAUUAGUAGGAUUGAAAUCGAUUAAUUGGCUAUCAAGGGACAAUACUUCUCGGCGUAGCGUAAUUAAUUGGUCGGCCUCAGUGACUCUCUCACUUCUCAA